GCCUUACUCCAGUCCAUGACACAUCUGUGCGCAGAAACAUUCUGGACUCUUCCACAACCUUCUUCUCUUCUAGCCCCCCUCUCCUUUCUCUUAAAAUCUUUCUCUAUCCCCUAAUUCCAAUUACUUUCUCAAUCUUCAAUUCAAAUCCUCUUUUUUUCUCUUCUCUCUCAAUUUGAUCGAUCAAUCAACCAGCAAAACAAUGGCGUCGUCCGAUUCCGACAUGCCAUUCGAGCACUCAUCACCUCCCGACGAUCAAACGCAAUUUCGAAACCAAAGCUUACCUUUCCUCCUUCCCUGGAUCUUAGGGCUCGUCACAGCCGCUCCUCCCCAAGACGGUGAGAAUCGAACCGUCUCUGAACGAUUCGUGCUAGUCCAUCCACUCACAGGAGUGCUGAUCAUGAUCGACGGUCUCGGAAGCUUGGAGCUGUCGAGCAAAGACGGGCCGUUACCGGCGUCGAAGGCGUCCAUUGAAGCUAUGCCGGUGGUGAAGGUAGUCGAAGAGGGGUUGGAGUGUGCGAUAUGUUUGGGGGAGUAUGAGGUUGGUGGAGAGGCCAAGGAGAUGCCAUGUAAGCACAGGUACCAUUCGGAUUGUAUCGAGAAGUGGUUGGGGAUGCAUGGAUCGUGCCCGGUUUGCAGGUACAAUAUGCCUGUGGAGGAAGGUGAGGAGAAGAAGAAGGGAGGUGAUGGUAAUGAAGGAGAAAACGGAGCGAGGAGAGCGGAGAGAGAGAUUCAGAUUAGCUUCUUCGUUAGAGGCGGUGGUGAUCGAACCGAUUCGAAUUCGAGUCCAGAAAGCGGUUCUGAUGAUGAUAGUGUUGCAACUGACGAAUCAUCAACUCAAGAUGUGGAAAUUGAAAUUGAUUGAUUGAUUGUGUGUUUGUGAUUCUUUUUGUUUGUUGCUUUUUGUUAAAUUUUUUAGUUGACAAUUCGACAUUGUUUUGUACAGAGGGAUAC